AUGAGUCGGUACGAGUUCCUGCGCAUUCCUUAGUUAGUUCUUGGUUAGAAUUUUGAUGUUUGGAUAAACUCGACCCGGAUAAAGUCGAAAAUUCGGUACAAAGAAGAAAAUAGAGAAAAUAUAAACAAUAACAAGAGAGUGUUUUAAUUAGACUAUUUAAACAACAAGUGACGGAUUAUUUUUAUAUAUUAUAAAAAUGAUAUAGCGUAGUAAAAAGAAUUUUAUACUGACAUAGUUAUAUUCGAAACUACGUUAAAAUGGUGAAAAAUUUCGUGAUUCCUUUGGUAAAGGAUGAGCUUUUGACGUCACAUGCUGGACAGUAUUCCGUUGAAGAGAUUACACCAUUACGGUCAAUAUCACAGGCCCUGGAUGGUACACGAUCAGAAUUACAAGCAAAUGGUGCACACUUUAUUCUGAAUCACUUUGAUAUAUUUUUCUCCUUCGUUGUUCAUGGCAAUAAAGUGGAGCUCGACAUUUGUUUACGUGCUUUCAACAGAAUCCACAAAGCUGUGGAGACACUUGUGGAUGACCUGGAAAAAAUAUUUGAUCAUGGCAAAAAUAUUACAGAGGAAGAGGACAGAGAAACAUAUUUAUGCAUGAACAAUAUGUUCGCAUAUUUAUUUUCAUGGUUUAUCUGUCAUAUAGAAGAACAAAUAAAAAUUGCAAGCGAGGCUAAUGUUGGAAAGCGUAAGAAAAACACAAAAUCAGAUAUUGAAGAAGAAUGGGAACAAUCUAGACAAAAAGCUUUGGAACUUCUAUAUCGUUGGCUGCAGGUACCAUUAUAUAAAAUUUGGAGACCCCCUAUUGUCGAUAAUUCAUUUGUAAUGACUUUAGCACAGAUAUGUUAUAAGAUAUUAGAACAGAGUAGGGAUUCUAAGCAAAAACACACAAGACAAACUAUAUUUGAGAUUCUAGGAACUUUGAUUAAAAAGUACAAUCAAGGAAUAACUUGCGUGGUCAGAAUUGUUCAGUUGGUGAAAUUGUACGACACACUGGCGAUACCCAUUGCAGCUGGCGUGGUACAUAUGGUGACUGAUUGCGGCUGCAAUGGUUUGAUAAAAGAGGUGAUGAAUGAGAUUGGGCAAAGCGAAAUUAGCGAAACAGAUAACCGCAACACAUCCAUAUUUCUCGAGAAUAUUGCGAUUUCACAGCCUAAUCUCAUUAUUCCUAUUCUUGAUGAUAUCACAGAUUACCUAUCAAAUGAGUUUUAUACAAUGAGAAAUUGUGUAAUUGGAGUCUUGGGUGUUGUGGUGCAAAAAGCACUGACCGGCGAAGAUCUCACGGAUGAACAGAAAGAGCAACGCGAUGAAUGUCUGGACAAUUUGGAAGAACAUAUCUUGGAUUGUAAUGCUUACGUGAGAUCAAAGGUGCUUCAGACUUGGCAGCAUUUGUGCUGCGAAGGCGCUGUGCCUUUAGCAAGACACGGGAAGCUUUUAGCUUGUACCGCACUACGAUUAGAAGAUAAGAGCGCAAACGUUCGUAAACAGGCUCUUCAAUUGUUGCGUACUCUGUUGCAAAGUAAUCCUUUCGCCGGCAAGUUAAAUUGCGUUGAACUCUCUAAUUCAUUGGAAAAGGAAACAGCAAAAUUACGAGAACUGCAAACUCACAUUGUGAGUGUUAGUGGACGUGAUCAUGAGCAAAGAUUCGAAUUUUGGACUGACUUAGAACCAGACAUUAAGGCAGCAAUAAAGGAAGUUCUAAAAACUAAUGAAGCGCAAUGUACAGAUGAAGAUGAGAAUACACAAGAGAAUAUUGAUCCAAAUCAUGCGUUCGAGCAUGUAAGACAAUUAUUAUUAAACCGAAAAGUUACUGAAGCAGUGACAUACCUGUGGAAGACGUGUACGAAGUUGGAGGGAGCUCCUGAAAUUAACAAUCUUCCUGCUACAACAAAAGAGGAAUGUUUAUUUGCUUUUUUACUUAAGAUUUUUGUACAGUCAGAGGCUAACUCGACAGAGGAUAAAGACAAAGAUGUAAACGACGCAGAAAAAUCAGAGCAAGAUGACAACAAGAAAGAAGAAUUAAGAUUACGAAAGCGCGUUAUAAAUUACUUAAAAAAUUGUUUGGAGUUUGCGUCCGAGUUAGAGAAAGCGAUACCGAUGGCGGAAAGAUUGUUGUUUUCCACAUGUGCUGGCGAUGCCGUUGAAUCGUGCACAUUUUUAGGCACUGCCUUCCAAUUCAAAGUAACUGGAGCAGCCAACUCAAUGCACGAGGCACUGUUUCAAGUGUUCCAUCGGGAUCAAUCUGUGCGUAAUAACGUCGCCGCGGUGUACAAGGAGAUUUAUCUCAAUACGAAUAACGACAAACUAUCACUCCGUCAAAUAGCUGUUACUCGUGCAAAUCGUCUGAUCGAAUUGCUGAAGGAGUUGAAGCCUGGUCAGAGCCCAGCUUUGACUCUGCUGAUAGUGACAUGGCAUGAGAAUGGAGAAAUAAACAGUGAAUUGCUACAGGUAUUAUGGGAAAAGUUCUCCAUGAAGUAUCCAGAUACAUCGCCAAUAGAUAGCAGAGCCGCAUUAAUGAUAAUAACGAUGAUAGCUCAGGCGAACUCCAAUAUAGCGACCGAUAAUCUGGACGUCUUAAUAAAGAUAGGAUUAGGUCCGCGUGCGAAAGACGAUCUUCUUUUGGCGCGAGAUACUUGCAGAAUUUUGUUAAAAUUGAAACAAACUAGCAAAGACGUCGAUAAACCACCUCUAAGGUAUCCUAACAAUCAUGACAUAUUCAAAGAGAUUUUGACAUUAUUAAUGGAUUUUUUUAUCAGCGCGGAGGAGAACGCUUAUAUUUCUUUCGCGACAGAUGCACUUAAUGCUAUAUAUCAUUUAGCGAAUCAACCUCACAAGUUGAUGAAGGAAUUAUUAAUGAACAUAAUCGAGAAGGGUCAAUUUAUGAAAAAAGAUACGAACGAGGUGCCAGAUGUGUCGAGCACUGCGCUCUCCAAAUUGCUUUACAUAAUUGGACACAUUGCUAUUAAAGAGUUAGUUCACCUGGAUGUGUCCAUUUACAAGGAACUAAAGCGAAGAAACACGCUACGAGAGAUGCAAGGUAAAAAAAAGAAACAGAAAAGCGCGGUUUCAACGCCAGAUAUUAGACCUAGAUUGGCGAACCCGUCACUCUCGAAAAACGCAAAUGUGCGACGAGUUUCUCGAGUUAAGGAAACCUCGAUGCUCAGUGAGGAUAAUGGUGAAGAAGCCUUAGAGGGUGCGAUAGAUGACGCCGAGGCGGAGUUUGUGAGUGGUGCACUCGAACAUGAAAUUGUUACUGGGGAUGGCUUACUCGUGAAAUUUGUUCCGCUGAUAUUGGAUGUAUGCCAGUAUCCCGAAAAAUAUAAAAACGAAAACGUACAGGCUGCAGGUUCGCUCGCACUCAGCAAAAUGAUGACAGUGAGCUCCGAAUUUUGCGAACAAUCUUUGCAACUUUUGAUCACCAUAUUGGAACGAACGCCGUAUCCCGGGAUCCGAUCAAAUAUGCUAAUCGGAUUAAGUGAUCUCGCUACUAGAUUCCCUAAUCAGGUGGAACCAUGGUCGAAAUACAUCUAUGGCAGACUUCGAGAUGAGGAUGUGAAUGUGCGUAGGACAUGUGUUCGUAUGUUGUCAAAUCUGAUAAUGAGAGAAAUGAUACGCGUGAAAGGACAGGUUUCAGAAUUAGCCCUUUGCGUCAUCGAUGAGGAUGAACAGAUACGUCGGGAUACGAAGGAAUUCUUUGUUCAACUUUCUCAAAAAGGCAACGCCUUAUACAAUAUAAUUCCAGAUAUAUUGUCGCGCUUAGCGGAUCCUCAAUUAAAUCUCCAGGAGAAACAUUUCCAGGAAACCAUUAAAUAUAUUCUUGGCCUGUUGCAAAAAGAGAAGCAAAUCGAUACAAUAAUUGAUAAGAUUUGUGUUAGAUUUAAGUUAGCCGCCACAGAGAGACAGUGGCGUGAUCUUUCCUAUUGCAUGUCACUUUUACAAUUCAGUGGAAAAAGUAUACGACGACUCAUCGAAAGCUUGCCGUUAUUGAAAGAAAAGAUUCAUUACAAACCCGUAUUAACGGCUUUGCAAAAUAUAAUCGAGCAAACGAAGAAAAAGGCGGAAGCGAAGAAUGUUUGUAUAGAAUUGGAAGAGAAAAUACAAGAACUUCUAGAGACUAAAGAAGAUGACAAAAUGGCAGAUAAGGAUUUGAUGCCACCACCAUCUAUCGUACCGAGAAACAAGAAAAAUGUCCGUCGAAGCAGACGUAAAAGCACGAGCGAUGAAGACGAAGACGAUAGCUCCGAUGACUCUGAGGAAGAUGCAGAUAAUGUACCUAUAAAAAGCAAAAGAAGAGAGCGUGCAGAGGAAAAUAAAAAGACGGCAGUUAGUAAUAGCAGUGCUUCACCGUCACUAAAACGAGGCAAAGGAAGAGAGCGUACAGAGGAAAAUAAAAAGACGGCAGUUAGUAAUAGCAGUGCUCCACCGUCGCCAAAACGAAGUAAAAUCAAAAAACAUUUGCAAAAAACUCUACAGACAGAAAAAAAAAGUUCAACUCGAUUACGUAAAUAAUUUGUAUAUAAAGUAACUUUAUAAAGAAAUAUAAUUUAUAUGAAUUAAUGUUUUGUAUAAUAAUAAUAACAAUAGUGUUACAAAGUAAAUAUUAAGUGCAUUAUAUACAUAAAAUAUAAGCAACAUUCAAGAUGCACUCUCUAAAUCUCGUAGAGCAAAAACUUGCACUCGAAAAUUACACAAGUUUAAUUUUUACUCUAGUGACGUUUCAUUCCAAGAUUAAGAAAACACUUGAUACCUUACAUAUUUACUUGUAUUACUUUAGGCUUAAUUAAAAAUACAAUUUAACAAAAAUUUUAAUAUAGAAAGAUAUGAGCCUUAUAAA